AUGGAUAAAGUUAACUAUUGCACUAUUUGCAAAAAACAGUUUAAAAUGCUUAAAAAUUUAAGACAGCACUCGAGAAAGUUUCAUCCAGAUAAAGUAGACGAUCUUGCCCCUUUAAAAGCACUGAAACUGAAACAUGUCGCAAAAUGCAACGAGUGCAAUACAAAAUUUAUAAAAUACUCUGGCUUGAAGCGGCACGUUUUAAAAUUUCACAAAGAUAAGUUUCACGACCUCGUUAAACCCAAACAUUACAAUUACACUUGUGAACAAUGUCAAAAACAUUUUAAUCACAUAAAGAAUUUCAAAUACCAUUGCAAAACUCAUAAUACCCAUGACCCAGACAAGGGCCUUAUGUGUAAACUAUGCGCAAACGAUUCCAAAUACUCAAAAAUAUCUGAUUUAUUUGAACAUUAUCACGAAACACAUGAUGUAGCUAUUGUUAUCGAAUCACACGAUUUUGCUAAUCUACAAGAAUUCGCCAAAUGGAAAAAAGAUGAAGAAUCUAAAAUAAAUGGCUUAUUUGUUAUCGCUCAUGGAAGCGAUAAAACUGAAGGUUACACUAGAACCAAAUACGUUUGUGAUAGAUCAGGUAUUUUCAAAAGCAGAAGCACUGGCUUGAGACGUAGAAAAUCUAAAAAAAUUAACGGAUAUUGUCCUGCAGAAAUGAUUGUCAAGAUAAUUGAUGGAAAAUAUGAUGUUACAUUUUUGAGGACUCAUAUAGGACAUGAUACUAAUCAGAAAUUAGUUGAAACAGAAGACAAAUCUCGAGACAAAUCUAAUUUAGUUGGCGAGGAAAAUGUAGCUUGUGAAGUACUAGUUGGUUUUUCGGACAACACAAAACAAAUCCAAUUUUUAGAGAAAAAGGAAAAUUUCAAGCUAAAAAUGUCAAAAAUUAUCGAUAGCCUUGCUUGCGACAAAGAAUUAGAUAUAGCAAUGGAAAUUAUGGCACCUUUAGAAUCUACUUUAACUGUUUUUAGAAAUUUGAUGAAUGAAAGUGACAUGGAAACAUAA